AAAGACAUGUAAGAACGUUUCACUAGGAAGCAUAUGUAACUCUGCCACAACCAUCAAUGUAGGUGCGCUUCGAUAGAUGGGGCUGGCCACAGUGGCCAAUUCGCAGUAGGUGGCAUUUGCAUAAAAUGCGUGAAGCGAACUGAAACAGACGUUUGAAGAAUCGACAGAAUGAGAGAGUUUGGAAGCAACGCGAGUGGUAAUAGGAUCAAAUAUUGUCCAGGAUAUUAGAAAAUUCAUCCGCCGACUCCGGUUACACGUCAUAUAUAAAUGGAAGCAAAGCAUUUUCUACAAGAAUAACGUGUGUGAAUGACGUUAGCACAACAAUCAAACCAUUUUAUGUCGCCGGUUUUCUUUACUUCAUACAGACAGUUUUAGUCGGAGUUGAACAUCAAGCAUGGAAAUAUACAUACGUGCACAAUUGUUUCUGUGUAUCUUGAUUUCUAUCACAUAUGAUACAGAAUCAAUACACCAUGGAAUAUUAUGGAAAUACUACGAAAACAUAACAGCAUCAAGUUCUGCGGGAGUGAAAAGCUACAAAUUUUCGUUAUCGAAAGAGAACAUAAACUUUUCAAGUUCGACACAGCUCAUGACAUACCAUAUUCAAACGUUUAAUAAAAGUAUUGCCGUAAAACUACGAAGGUUGGAGCAGAAAGAUAGAAAUGAUGCAUUCCACAAAGUAAUUCUGGAAAAUCGUCAUCAAGAAAAUCUCACAUGCUAUUGGUCGAUGAGCUCGGCCAAUGCGAAAGCAAUUUUCAGUAACUGCAAAAACCAAUUGAAACGUCACCCAUAGACGUUGGAAUCGUGCAUCGACGCAAAAGAUUGUCGCGUUCCAUCUCUGAAUCACCAAAAAUGGAGG